AUGGACCUCCUAGGCCAGGGUUCUCCAACGGCGACAAGUUCUCAGAAGUAUAACCACUCGUGCUCGGGAUGCAGAGGCGAUUGCACGAAGCUGCUGGACGUGGAAGGAGCGAAGGAAAGCGUUGUGGUCAAGGUGGAGAGGGACACGAAAUCCAUUCAGGUGGAAUUGAGAGUCUACGUGUUCAAGGCCGUGCCCGAGCUGCGCCAGCGCUUCUCGUCGGGCGGCGAGAGGAGGUGGCGCUUGGCGCCGACGGAGGACGCCAGGCUCUACAACGUGACCCUGUUCGCCGACGCCGACCUCGUCUCCGUCAGGAAGGCCGAGACGAUCAGCCGGGAGGCAUAUACCUUGAAGGGGAGUGAUCUUGUCGGCAACGUUUUCCAAGUCCAACCCUGCGCGGAUGUACACACCUGCGGCGACUCCCAGAGGAUCAGGCUGCAGGAGCCGCCGGACCCCGCCCCGGAAUACGACCUCAUUAUCAUCAUCGUCUCAGUCGUAGGCGGGGUCGUGGUCGUCUCCAUCAUCGGCUCCCUCGUGGCAGUUUUUAUGAAGAAGAAAAAGACAAAGAAAGAGAUGGAAAAUUUACGUCGACAGAAAGAACCGCCAGUGCCACUCUCAGACUACGACGGGUGGGGGGAGGCGCGUCUCGAUGUAAGAGCCCAACUGCGGCCUCAGGUUCCAGUCUACGACGAGUGGGGGUCGCGGCGCCUCGGCCAAGGACCCCAACCGCCACGUCAGUGAACGAAAUGAACCGAAGUCCUCAUCGCGGUAGAAGGACCUCGUGACGUGGAAGGAACCUUAAGAGGACUCAGACGUCUCCAGCUGCGUCAUGAAUGAGAGAGAGAGAGAGAGAGAGAGAGAGAGAGAGGAGAGAGAGAGAGAGAGAGAGA